GAUGGGAAGUUGAAGAAGCUCCAGUAGUUUUAACUUAAUGUGGUACUUGAAGUGAGUGACAGUUGCUUCAGGAACCUUGCUGAGGAUCGUAGUGGGAUAAACCUUAAAGAUCUGGUCCAAGACCCUUCUUUGUUGGGUGGGACUAUAUCUGCAUACAAGAUAGUGCCAGACGAAAUAGAAGAAAUCAAGGUUUGGUUGUGCAUUUAAGAGGAACUGCAGUGGUGGCGGAUGCACUCUGCCCUGUGUGUCAAUGCCUCAAGCAGGACGAGGGGAGGAGUGGGAGUGCCCCUCCCGGGACACUCCAGGGCAGGCCACAAGCACACCCACUCUUAGAGUAUAUGUAUGGACUAAGUGUCUCAAAGUACUGCAGCUGUUCAUUGGAGACGCUGAUAGAUUGGUGUGAUGAAAAGGAACUUAAUUUGAUUUUAACAACUGGAGGAACAGGGUUUGCACCGCGAGAUGUCACUCCAGAGAAAUUCCCAACAUUCCCAUUAUGUGGGCUCCAGAGAGGGGCCACUAAAGAAGUAAUAGAGCGAGAAGCCCCGGGGAUGGCCCUGGCAAUGCUGAUGGGAUCACUUAAUGUUACACCUCUGGGCAUGCUCUCUAGGCCUGUGUGUGGAAUCAGAGGGAAAACUCUCAUUAUUAAUCUUCCAGGUAGCAAGAAAGGGUCACAGGAAUGCUUUCAGUUUAUACUGCCAGCCCUACCUCAUGCCAUUGAUCUCUUGCGGGAUGCCAUUGUAAAAGUAAAGGAGGUACACGAUGAGCUGGAAGAUCUACCUUCACCACCACCUCCUCUUUCUCCUCCUCCAACCACCAGCCCUCACAAGCAGACAGAAGACAAAGGAGUGCAGUGUGAGGAAGAGGAGGAAGAGAAGAAGGACAGCGGAGUUGCCUCAACAGAGGACAGUUCUUCUUCACAUAUAACAGCGGCAGCCAUUGCAGCUAAGAAGCAUCCAUCCUAUACCAGUCCAGCUGUUAUCAUGGCUAAAGGUCACCAGCCCAUCCCUGGUCUCAUCAGUUAUUGCCAUCACACAGCAGGCAGUGCAGGAGAACUGAUUCCAGAUUCCAUCAUCUCUCGUGGUGUUCAGGUCCUCCCACGUGAUACAGCCUCCCUCAGUACUACUCCUUCAGAAUCUCCUCGUGCCCAAGCCACCUCUCGCCUCUCCACCGCAUCCUGCCCAACGCCAAAACAAAUUAGACGGCCGGAUGAAAGCAAAGGAGUUGCUAGUAGAGUUGGAUCCCUCAAAGCUCGACUCCCUUCGUGCUCAUCCACCUAUAGUGUUUCUGAGCUCCACUAUAGGUUGGAAGGGCUUAAAGAUGAACUGAGGAGGAAUAGAGGCUACAACUCGAGAGUCCAGUCUAGGUGCAGCAGCAAGGAGAAUAUCCUCAGAGCAAGUCACAGUGCUGUUGACAUUACCAAGGUAGCAAGAAGACAUCGCAUGUCUCCAUUCCCAUUGACAUCCAUGGACAAGGCCUUCAUCACAGUUCUGGAGAUGACCCCAGUGCUUGGAACAGAAAUCAUCAAUUACAGAGAUGGAAUGGGGCGAGUCCUUGCUCAAGAUGUAUAUGCAAAAGAUAAUCUGCCACCAUUUCCAGCAUCAGUAAAAGAUGGUUACGCUGUCAGAGCUGCUGAUGGCCCAGGAGAUCGAUUCAUCAUAGGGGAAUCCCAGGCUGGUGAGCAGCCAACUCAGACUGUGAUGCCUGGUCAGGUAAUGCGAGUUACAACUGGUGCUCCAAUUCCAUGUGGUGCUGAUGCAGUGGUGCAGGUGGAAGAUACAGAGCUCAUCAGGGAAUCAGAUGAUGGCACUGAAGAACUAGAAGUUCGAAUCCUGGUGCAGGCUCGACCAGGCCAAGAUAUCAGACCCAUAGGACAUGACAUUAAAAGAGGUGAAUGUGUGCUGGCUAAAGGAACCCACAUGGGUCCCUCUGAGAUUGGUCUCUUAGCAACUGUUGGAGUAACUGAAGUAGAAGUUAACAAGUUUCCAGUGGUUGCAGUAAUGUCAACAGGGAAUGAGCUGCUGAAUCCUGAGGAUGACCUCUUGCCAGGCAAGAUUCGGGACAGUAACCGUUCAACUCUCCUAGCUACAAUCCAAGAACACGGCUAUCCAACAAUCAACUUGGGAAUUGUGGGUGAUAAGAAGCCAGAUGUUUUUAAAGAAGAAGGGACACAGAGCUUCCAGAACACUGCGGAGACAGGCCUACCAGAUUGCCCAGAUGAUUUACUGAAUGCACUGAAUGAGGGUAUCAGCCGUGCUGAUGUGAUCAUUACAUCAGGAGGUGUAUCUAUGGGGGAAAAGGACUAUCUUAAACAGGUGCUGGAUAUUGAUCUUCACGCACAGAUUCACUUUGGCAGAGUUUUUAUGAAACCUGGCCUGCCAACAACUUUUGCAACUCUGGAUAUUGACGGUGUAAGAAAAAUAAUCUUUGCGCUUCCAGGCAAUCCUGUGUCAGCUGUUGUCACCUGCAAUCUCUUUGUUGUUCCUGCACUGAGGAAAAUGCAGGGUAUCCUGGAUCCUCGGCCCACCAUCAUCAAAGCCAGGUUAUCAUGUGAUGUAAAAUUGGACCCCCGCCCAGAAUAUCAUCGGUGCAUUCUGACUUGGCAUCACCAAGAACCACUACCCUGGGCACAGAGUACAGGGAAUCAGAUGAGCAGUCGUCUGAUGAGUAUGCGCAGUGCCAAUGGACUGUUGAUGCUACCUCCAAAGACAGAGCAGUAUGUGGAGCUUCACAAGGGGGAGGUGGUGGAUGUCAUGGUCAUUGGAAGGCUAUGAUGUCACCAGCAAGAGCGAAGCUUUGAUGCAUGUCCACAUAUCAUUGACUGUAUCCUGUAAUAUGCAACGGCACAGCUAGUUUUUCCGAUUUGGAUAAAAGUUGAUCAGUAUAGUCAACAUCUUGAAAUAUAUUUCAAAUGGAAUUUAAAUAAAUACCUUUUAAAAAAAAAAAACUUUAAAACAAAUCUUAACAAAGAAAUUUAUUCUGAUUAUAUCAAAGCAACUUUUUCCUUUUCUUGCAAUUGCUUUGUGUGUUCAAUGCUAGUUCUAAUAGCGGUAGCUUUUAGUAGACAGCAGUAGGUGCCUGCAGAACUUGUGUUUUUUCUCAUCUUUAAGAUACAACUACUUACGCUCUUAAAACAAGGCUGUCUGCUUAUUUAUACUAGCGUAGACAACACUUGGAUUUCCCUUAUUAGUAUGCUUCAUAACCGCUUCACAGAGAGCUUCUGCUUGUUCUUUAUCUUGUAUCUCGUGUUGAUGUGCACAGUGCCAAAAGCAGAGUGGCUGCACUGGGAACCCAAUGAAGCCCCGAGGUUUCCUCACCUCGCCGCGCAUUCAGGGAUGUCUCUUGUCCCGGCAGCCACCCAGCUCAGUACUCUUGGGCAGUAACUGGAUACCUUUUAUUUCAACAAACAAAAAAAUUGCUUCCUUAAGUGCUGACAGCCUUUUUAACCAAUACAUUUAAAAAUGUACAGAACUAAAAACUAAAAAAAAUCAAAGACUGAUCUUGUACAGAUAUUAGUGUUACCAGCAUUCGUGUGGAAAUUAAAUGAGCAAAGAAAUAAAACUAAUGUUAAACAACUCUGUACCAUAACAUUUUCUGUAAUGAUAUUGAAACUUAAAUGAAUAAAAAAAAUCCUCAAUCAUUAUUUAAAAUUUCA